CUAAAGCUUUAUGAAUUGUGACUAAUAUUCUCAGGAAAAGCAAUUCUCCUUCGCUCUUAGCAAAGUUCACGCUCUCGAGGCAGUUUGCAAGGUAAGGCCACGAUUCCACGAAGCUUGAGAAUUCGAUUUGUCUGCGUUCUCUUUGCAAGGUAGCUGAAAUAACCUCUGCUUAAGGUAGAAAAUGGCUGCUAAGGAUCUGCCGGUGACGAGGAAGGAGACUGUGAAUUUCACAUGGAGGAUUGAGAAUUUCUCACAGCGGAAAGAAACAAAUCUUUUCUCUGACACUUUCUUGGCCGGAGGCCGCAAAUGGAGGAUCUCUGUUUUUCCCAAGGGAAAUAAGGUCGACUCUCUAUCCAUAUAUUUGGAAUUUGCUGAUUCGGAGAAGAUGCCCAUCGGAUGGAGUGUCCCAGCUGACUUCAGCUUCAUUCUUGUCGCCCCAUUCGUUCCCUCCUCCUCUGUGCGAAAGUGUACCAUUCACAAUUUCAAUAGAAAGGAGGAUGACUGGGGAUUUACAACUUUUGUUCCACUGAGCGAACUUCGUGACCCUCUUAGAGGAUUCCUUGUCAAUGAUACCCUCACUAUUGAAACAGAAGUUUCAACUGAAGCGGCGGCAUUACCUGCAACUGAUGAAUUGAAAGUGAUCGAGGCCGAUGAUCAACCUGUUGGUGAAGACAUCAAAGAAUCAUUGACUGAGACUAGUCUGAUGGCAAGCCAGGCGACAUUGGUUGAUAAACCUUCCGAGCUAAAUGGAGCUGGGGGGAGUACCUUCCCUCCCUCAAGUGCACAGUUAUAUUCCAGAGAUAUUAUAGCAGAACUGUCAACUGUGAUUGGCAGUGCUGCCAACUCUUCUACAAAUGCAGACCAUGAUUCUGGUUUGCUGCUAGAGCAAAGAAUGAAAUUGGUUGGAUUCCUUGCCAUGUCACUUGAGGCCAUAUCUCAAGCUGGAUCGUUGAAGGAUGUUGAGGACACUGCCCUCCAACUUGCUGACCGUGCAACUGAACCACUUGAGAAAACAGUCCUGGAAUACGUGGUCUCAAACCUUGCCAAGUUUAGAGAGGUCAUCCCUAGCUCUCUAUCAACUAUUGAAACUAGCCGAGUUGUCGAAUCAUCUGCAGCCCAGGCGACCAAGGAUCUGGAAGUAAGGCUGGUUCACAGGAAGGGGCAGCUAAGCUCUUUGGAGGCUGAAUUUUCAAGACUUGGAGAAGAAGGCACGAAACUGGAGGCCGAAAUUCAGCAGUUACUUGCCCGCAAGGCCAAAAUUAUCGAUCAUAGAAAUUCAACUGCUGCCGAUUUGGAGAAAGCCACCCAAGAGGCUUCCCAAGAACUGGAAGAGCUGAAGAAGCAACGUGGAGAAAGCAAACAAGCCAUCGAGGAUAGGAUGAGAGCCGAAGAGAGACUUGCUCAGUCCAAUGCAAGUUGGAAGCUUUUGAAGGAGCACUUAGGCUGGUAAUAGUAGUAGCAGUAGCAAUAGUCCAUUCUUCCUCUGAUGGAUGAUGGAGGCCUGUCUUCGGCUUGCAAGAUAGGAUCGUUUUGGGGGUGCAGUGCAACUUAACGAAGUUAUGUAUGAAAUGUAAAUUUGGUACCCCUGCUCUCUUAAGUCCAUAUAAGGUUAUGGGUUUUAUGAACGCCGAGGCGGAUUUAUCGUCCUAUUGUUUAAAAUGCUAGUGAUUUCAAGUCCGAGUGACCUGUAGAAGCCUUUCCACUUACACAUUUCUGCGUUUCAGUUGAGCAAAAACGUGUACCCCUGGCCAGAAUAGCGGAGAUUCCACAACUCAUUUCUUUCUUUUUUUCAUUUCCUUCUUCCACAGCUCACUACAAAGCUUUUCGAGGUCAAACCAAACGGAUUAGAGGACGCCAAGAGGAAACAGCCAAAAGGCACAAUUGAUGAAGAAGGCCCGAAGCAAAGCAAGCCAAGAAAAGAAUCAGAAGGUAAUUGAUGAAUUCAGUUCCGGUAGUCUACAGAGCAUCUCUUCAGAAUAGCGGAGAUUUAAUUCCUUCAAAUCUUCUCCCUCGCAAGGUGCCUGCCUGGUACUAGAGUCACAGCGCCGGAGCAGCCCUUACCCCCUGUGCAAGAAAUUUGAUGGCUGAACUUCAGAAACCGAGGCAUGUAAUUCAGAACUGGUACAUGCAAGAGAAAUGCUGGUGAAGUUCUUCAACGUGCCCGCUCGAAGCCACCCACCAAACCAGUUCCUUCGGCAAUGUCGAGAGAAUCAUCCCUCAAAUCAUUGACCACACAAGCGAUCCUAUACUGCGGAUAGUUCUGAAGGACCUCUCUUCUGCUGCCCCUCGGAGAACUGGAAGCAAGUCUGAUUCACAGACGGGACCACCUCAGUGCUUUAGAGGCUGAAGUCACAAGGCUUUCCAAAGAAGAGAGAUGAAGCUGGAAAGCCAAAUUGAACACUUGGCUGCUCGGAAAAUGCCGGCGAGACAGGUCCUUGGAACUGGGAGAGUGGUGGAAACCAGAUGGUGAACUGAAGCAAGCCAUCAAGAAUCGAGUGAAGGGAAAGGAGGAACUAGCUCUGGCUAAUAUAAGCUGGAGGACUUU